AUGGCGGGCGGAAUUAUAAAGAAAUUGCCCAAAGAUGUGGUCAUUAAUGUACUUAUAAGGCUUCCGGUAAAAUCUAUGAUUCGACUCAAAUGUAUCUCUAAAGCACUAUACAUUCUCAUAGGAUCCACCACUUACACCAAUCUUCAUCUUAACCGCACCACAACCACAAAAGAUGAAUUAAUUCUCUUCAAGUGCUCCUUCAAAGAAGAACCACAACGGUUUAAAAAUGUCUUGUCUUUUCUUUCUGGUGUUGAUAAUGGUGGUUUUAAUUCUAUUCUUCCAGAUCUAGAUGUUCCAUAUCUGACCACUGAUUAUGGAAGUAUUUUUCACCAACUUAUAGGUCCUUCCCAUGGUUUGAUUGCUUUGACAGAUUCUGAUGCAAUCGUCUUGCUUAAUCCAACUACGAGACAUUACCGACUAGUGCCACCUUGCCCUUUUGGUUGUCCAAAGGGUUACCAUCGUACCAUUGAAGGCAUUGGAUUUGGCUUCGUCUCAAUUUUGAAUGACUUCAAGGUUGUAAGGAUUUCAGAUGUCUUCUGGGAUCCUCCUUACGGUUAUCCAGAGGGUAGAGAUAGCAAAGUUGAUGUAUAUGAAUUAAGCACUGAUUCCUGGAGAGAACUCGAACCUGUACAAGUGCCUAGGGUAUAUUGGUUGCCUUGUUCUGAAAUGGUUUACAAGGAAGCAGUUCACUGGUUUGCAACUAUAGACGAAGUGGUCAUUCUUUGUUUUGACAUAGGGACAGAGUUUUUUCGCAAUUUUAAAAUGCCGGGUGCUUGUUAUUUUAUUAAGCAAUCACGUUAUGGCCUUAUAGUGUUAAAUGAGUCUCUGUCGUUGAUUUGUUACCCCGAUCCAGGGUGUGCAAUUGAUCCUACACAAGAUUUUAUUCACAUUUGGAUAAUGAAGGAAUACGGUAUAGGCGAGUCUUGGAUUAAAAAGUACACAAUUAAACCUCUUCCUAUAGAAUCUCCAUUAGUUGUUUGGAGGGAUCAUCUAUUGCUGCUUCAAAACAAAACUGGGCAACUUAUUUAUUAUGAUGUUAAUUCCAAUGAAAUAAAGGAAUUCGAUUUACAAGGCUUUGCCAAAAGUUUGAGAGUUAUUGUUUACACGGAAAGCUUAACUUCAAUUCCAAGUGGAAGCGAGCCUGGUACACAAGUGCAAAAGUUUUAGAGAAGGUUACCACUUUUUUGACAUGCUGACUUAGCAGUUUGUUUCUGCAACACUCUUUGGGAAGAUUUUAACACUUCUUUUUCUUUUAAAGGUAUGUGGCUUGCUACUGAACUAUUUUUGCGAUGACAAAUGCCUGCCGUGUAAUGUAUUUAUUUCUUUUUACUCCAAAUUUAGUAAAAACCAUUUAACUGUA